UCUCUCUAAGUACGCUUUCCAAGGCCCAUUAACCCAAGAAAUUUUCUUACCCUUAUGAAGGAAUAUGAUAUCACAGUUUACGGAGCCAGUGGCUUUACCGCACGACACAUAAUAUCGCAUCUACAGAAGUAUCCGUUACGUAUCGCCCUGUCAGCACGCACGCCCUCAAAAAUACAGCAUAAUCCGCAGAAUUACCCCGUGAUACAGUGCGAUACAGAUAACCUGGAAAUCAUUACAAGUAAGUCCGUCGUACUCCUAAACUGCGCUGGGCCGUACAUACGGUGCGGGGAGGCUGUAGUUGAAUCCUGCAUUGACAACAACUGCCAUUACGUGGAUAUAACGGGUGAAACAACGUUCAUCAACAAUAUCAUAAAGAAGUUUGGUGAGAAGGCUAAGGAACAGAACGUGUACAUUCUAAACUGCUGCGGGUUCGACUCAGUGCCCUGCGAUAUUUCGUUUGACAUGUUAAAGAGAAGAAUUGAGAGCAAGCUAAAAAAUGAUAAGCAAGUUGGAGAUGGAACGAACCAAAGGGAUACUGAUAAAAGGCAAGCAGAUGACUCAAAUAAUGUAAAGGGAGCUGAUAUUUUGAAAACCAUCAAUAACAGCGUGCCUAAUAUGCACGGUGUAAGUAUUUAUAAUUUCCUGAAAUUCAAGGAUGUGAAGUGCAAUUUUGCUACUUUUGAAUCGCUUGUCCAUGGACUUGCGAGCCAUUUUAACAAGCCAAAACAAAGUGCACGCGAAGGUAGGCGUUCCAAGACACCAAGCAAAAUAAUUUACAGCAAGGAAAGGAAAUGCUAUUGUGUAAUAUUCAUGGGCACCGAUCAUUCUGUCGUAACACGCAGUCAGAAGGCAUUUUAUGAGAUCAACGACAUGCCCAUUGUAGAUUUCUAUAUUUACAUGGAGGUUGGUGGACUGUUUGGCGUUAUAGUUUUCAUGUUUUUCUUUACGCUCAUUUUCUGGAUGGCAAGAUCGGAGCUUGGAAGAAACAUUCUUCUGAAGUAUCCAGGGUUUUUUACCUGUGGACGGGUGAAGCACGGGCUAACGAGGGAGGAAAUCGACAAAUCGUCAUUUGAAAUGAAUUUAUAUGGCUAUUACCAGACAGCGGAUAGUGCAGCAGCGCAAAAUGGCGAGCAUUCUGGGCGUCAAAUGGAACACUUGUCCGUCAGAGGACCUGAUCCAGGAUAUAAAACCACACCCAUUUGCAUGGUGGAGUGCGCGAUCCUUCUUCAUGACCGGAUUACUAACUCAAAAAAGCUUACGCUGUGUGAUGGCGGUGUUGUCACACCAGCCAUGCUUUUUUACGAUACUGAACUCGUUAACAAGCUUAACGAAGAAGGCAUCGUCUUUUCGUUUGAAUAAAGGUUGGCUUACAUGUUAGCAUAGUUUUAUCUGUACGCGAUCCAACGUAUGUCCCGCCACAUGCUCAUUUGCGGGUCUUGAGCCAUGUUUUACUACUAUGUAUCGGUAGCAGUUGUUUACAUCCUCGUGAACGACAGGAUUUAAGGGUGUCCUUUCCAUCGAAGUAGGUUGAUAAAACGGACACGAACGUGAUCAGGCCUAAUCAUGUAAAAAUAGCAACUAAAGUUG